AGGGUGAGUAACGAUCACUUGGAUAUACACACACAGGGUGAGUAACGAUCACUUGGAUAUACACACACAGGGUGAGUAACGAUCACUUGGAUAUACACACACAGGGUGAGUAACGAUCACUUGGAUACACACACAGGGUGAGUAACGAUCACUUGGAUACACACACAGGGUGAGUAACGAUCACUUGGAUACACACACAGGGUGAGUAACGAUCACUUGGAUACACACACAGGGUGAGUAACGAUCACUUGGAUAUACACACACAGGGUGAGUAACGAUCACUUGGAUACACACACAGGGUGAGUAACGAUCACUUGGAUACACACACAGGGUGAGUAACGAUCACUUGGAUACACACACAGGGUGAGUAACGAUCACUUGGAUACACACACAGGGCGACUAACGAUCACUUGGAUACACACACAGGGUGAGUAACGAUCACUUGGAUACACACACAGGGUGAGUAACGAUCACUUGGAUACACACACAGGGUGAGUAACGAUCACUUGGAUACACACAGGGUGAGUAACGAUCACUUGGAUACACACACAGGGUGAGUAACGAUCACUUGGAUACACACACAGGGUGAGUAAUGAUCACUUGGAUACACACACAGGGUGAGUAACGAUCACUUGGAUACACACACAGGGUGAGUAACGAUCACUUGGAUAUACACACACAGGGUGAGUAACGAUCACUUGGAUACACACACACAGGGUGAGUAACGAUCACUUGGAUACACACACAGGGUGAGUAACGAUCACUUGGCUUCAAUCAGUGAAGGUGAAGGGGAGGAGACGGGUUAAAGAAGGAUUGUUAAGCCUUGAGACAUGGAUUGUGUGUGUGUAACAUUCAGAGGUUGAAGGAGCAAGACAAAUGAUUGAAGUGCCUUUGAACGGGGUCUGGCAGUAGGUGUCAAGCGCCUCCAGUUUGAGUAUGUCAAGACCUGCAACGCUGCUGGGUUUUUUCACGCUCAACGGUUUCAACACCCAGCCAACUUGACACAACUGUGGGAAGCAUUGGAGUCAACAUGGGCCAGCAUCCCUGUGGAACGCUUUCGACACGUGAGAGAAAGACUCACAUUGCAGUGACAAGUCUGAAGAAUGCAGUCAGGUGUUAUCAGCCUCCACUGAGCUGAUCGGACAGUCAUGUUCACCUCUGUCACUCAACUAGACUUCUCUCCCCCACUAAGGGAGGGAGUGCUUUAAACAGCAGGUCUCUGUCACGCUCUCACUCCCAUAACAGCUCACCUGUCCCCCCCAGCACACUGCAACCCACAGGUGGAAUGUCCUCAUAGAAAUAACAAUACUAGACCGGGCAUCCCCAUUCAAGUCAAUGUAAUUCUACUUCUAUGGGUGUAGCCAACUGUACAAUUGAUUGAGGGGGGCAGGGCUCAGAAACCUCACUGCUGCUACUCCAUCCCUGUCUGUGUCUCCGCGAGGGCUUUUCACUCAGUAGCAGCAGUAGGUAACGACAGGUAAUACGUGUUGAUCAGAGAGCCUUGUACAGCUUCACUAUGAACCUACAGAGCAACGGCCUGUCUGUUCAGUGGUACCUGAAGUCCAAGCCGGUGGGAAAGGUGAGGCGGCGUGUACAGGAGAUGAAAAACCCAUCCGUGUCCCUGGUGUCGGGCGACGUUGACCUCAGCCACAACGAGAGCACCCGAUUGGCCAUGGACGCCUUGCUGAACCAGGGAUUGGACAUGUACCAGGAAGUACUGGCCGGAGAGGGCGAGGUGGACUUCCUGUCCAAGGAGGAGAAAGGUUAUAUCCUGGAGAACACUACAGACCUGAGCACCAGCAGUCUGUGUGGGACGGAGAACGACGACCAGGCAGAGGGCACCUCUUCCCAGACAAACACCUAUUGUCCAUCGGUGUUGGAGAGCGAGCCCCCUGGCUUGGACCAUGGCUGGCCGGCAGAGGACUGGAGCUACCGCCUGCAGGGUGAACCCAGUGUAGAGGUCUACUUCCAGUCUGAUAGAGCAGCCGGCAUGAAAGACCUGCUCAGGGAGUUCAUCAGCAAGGCCACAAUGGUUCUGGCCAUUGUAAUGGACACAUUCAGUGAUGUGGAGAUGUUCUGUGACAUCCUGGAGGCAACCAGGAAGAGGAAUGUGUCUGUCUACCUGCUCCUGGACCAUAUCAACCUGCAGGUCUUUGUCAAGAUGUGUGAGACGCUACAGAUCAACAGUAAUCACCUCGCUAAAAUGUCGGUCCGGAGUAUACAAGGAGAGACGUAUUGUGCAAAGUCUGGAAGGAAACUCACUGGACAGAUCAAAGAGAAGUUCAUGAUCAUUGACUGCACUUUAGUGCUGGCUGGAUCAUACAGGUACAUUUCUGUUGUAUAAUUAGCUAAUAGUCACAUCAAUGUCACAAUCACAAUGGUUGACGUCAUUCUGAAUAGGUAGAUCAACGUUAUGAUGGUUGUCAUUCUGAAUAGGUAGAUCAACGUUAUGAUGGUUGUCAUUCUGAAUAGAUAGAUCAAUGUUAUGAUGGUUGAUGUCAUUCUGAAUAGGUAGAUCAACGUUAUGAUGGUUGUCAUUCUGAAUAGGUAGAUCAACGUUAUGAUGGUUGUCAUUCUGAAUAGGUAGAUCAAUGUUAUGAUGGUUGUCAUUCUGAAUAGGUAGAUCAACGUUAUGAUGGUUGACGUCAUUCUGAAUAGGUAGAUCAAUGUUAUGAUGGUUGUCAUUCUGAAUAGGUAGAUCAAUGUUAUGAUGGUCGAUGUCAUUCUGAAUAGGUAGAUCAAUGUUAUGAUGGUUGUCAUUCUGAAUAGGUAGAUCAAUGUUAUGAUGGUCGAUGUCAUUCUGAAUAGAUAGAUCAAUGUUAUGAUGGUCGAUGUCAUUCUGAAUAGGUAGAUCAACGUUAUGAUGGUUGACGUCAUUCUGAAUAGAUAGAUCAAUGUUAUGACGGUUGUUUGAAUUUUCAGUAGUAAUAUCUGUUCACUGUGCUCUGUUCCUCAGUUUCACCUGGCUGUCCUGUGCUCUGUUCCUCAGUUUCACCUGGCUGUCCUGUGCUCUGUUCCUCA